CUCGUACAUCCCCAUUGAGAAAUUCAAGACUUUAACGAUUCUUGUGACACCUUUUUUCUCCAUCUUUGUUUACGUAUCGUAUCAUCAUUCGAUCCCUAUCUGCCGAUCGCACCAUGGCAUCCAUCACCAAGCUUCCACCUGAUGAGAAUCGUGGCCCUCUCUACUUGGGUGUUAUGAUUGCCUGUCUGGUACUGUCCGUAACUUUUAUUGCGCUGCGAACCAGUGUGCGACUAUUCAUGGUCAAGAAGCUUGACCUGGAUGAUUGGUUCAUGCUUGCUGCGCUGCCAUUCAUGAUCGUCAACCAGGGCCUGUCCUAUGUCUCUCUGCAAUAUGGAAUGGGCAGACACAUCUUCUUUCUGGGUCCACCAGACAUCAUGAACGCGAUAAAAUACAACGCCAUUGCACAAAUUUUCAACAUUACUACAUUCUACUUUGUCAAAGCUUCCAUCGUACUCUUUCUACUUCGCUUGGUCACGCAUUUGCAUAAAACCAAACGCAUGAUCCUUUGGAUAUCAUUCGGUCUCCUGACCGCAAUGAAUGUAGAGGCUCUCAUUGUCUCCAUCUUCCAAUGUCAGCCCUUGCAAAAGCAGUGGAACCCCACAAGUUCCGGCAUUUGCUGGAACCGCAACGUUUUCCAGUAUUCUGCUUAUGCCUUGGCCGCUGUUACCAUUCUCACGGACGUUGUCUAUCUCGUACUUCCGAUAGUAUAUCUGUGGGACCUUCGAGUGCCUACCAUGAGAAAAGUCGGUAUAUUUGCUUUGCUCGGUGUAGGAUGCGUGUCCAUGGUAUGCUCCAUUGUCACCAUCCCCUGGCUUCGCGAUCUCUCUAUCACACUUGAUGUGACUUACGAAAUUGUACCACUUGCCUGCCUCAAGUUUGCAGAGCUCAAUGUCGCAGUCUGGGUUGGUUGCGUUCCGGCUCUACAGCCGCUGUUUAGGAAGCUCAUGGGCCCGGGAAGCACCAUGCCUGACCCCGAGUCCGGGGAGAAGAAUUCGCACCGUCUUUUGGCUAUCAAGCGCAGUCAGGAUACUGGAAGCACUAAGAGUAGCGCACACGGAACGAUGAAGUCUGAAUACGAGGUCUUGGAUGAAUAGUUACAGCAGUCGCACAUGUACCAAGGAUAGUGAAAUACAAUUUGAAAACAUUUC